AAAUAACUUUAAAAUAACGCGAUUUGAUCGCUUAAUCCACUGCGAACCCUUCAAUUUCCACUUGGCUUCUUGACUCGUCCUUUUACUUCUCAUCCUUUACUUGAUACUGAUCCACCCAAUACCUUUUGUUUGUGGGCAGAAUAGCCUCUGUCAUAUUUACCCUAUACUGUUAUUAUUAUUUUUUUCUUUUUGUUUUACCAUGGACACCCUAACACAGGACAUUUCAGGCGCACAUUCCUCGACAUCCAAUAUAACCGUCACGGCUCAACAUAAGCUACUGGCAGCAUGUCCAUGCCUCAAUGUCAAAUUGCAUCUUGCGGCUGAACCUGAGCAUGACACUAUCUUGACAGGAAAGGAGCUAAAACUGGGACUAGCUGGCGUGUCUGUCGAGCAAAAAAUUCUCUGCAGCCUUUCAAUAUCAAAGGAUGUGGCGACGGUACGGUGCCUCAAUUGCGAUCAGGAAGUCUAUACCUUCCAACCGAGCUCCAGCUUUGUCAACUUGGAGCCCACAUCUCUUGCCUUCCUGGCCAGCUCCAUCCUUUUCUCGCCUUCUAAUGGUAUCGUCGUGCCUUCUGAAGGUGUUGUGACAGGACAAGAUAUUGACAUGCGCGUCAAGGAUCCCAACUACUCCAAAGCCUUUCGACUUAUCCUUGCCCCAACCUUAACUCCAACUGCUCCUCCUUCUUCGGCUUCUAUGCGUAGCGCAUCAGCCACGACGCUCCCAUCAUCAACACCUAGACCUUCAUCAUCACCAUCACUAGCGCAGCCAUCGGAUGCUCCGCUCUACCGGCCACAUCUAGAACGAGUACGUACUCUUUUGGAUAAGGAGCUGGAGGCAAAUCUAAAUGCACAGCAGCAGCGAACCGAGGCUAGGAUCGAGGCUUUCAAAUCGCAGCAGCUCCUUGCAUUACGAGAGUCAAUAGAGAUCACAAAGAAGGAAAAAGAGCGUCUUUGGAAGAUGAUUCAGGAAAGAGUUGCGCCCCCACCUCCUCCACAGCCCUCAACGCCAGGUACCACAGAUCUCGGGAGCCAGGACGGCUUCCCUAACGCCAGCGGGUCACAAUACACACUGGAUGUCCCAAAUACUUUGCCAAUCCGACUCACUAAUGCUUCGAGGGUUGAGGGAGCCCAUAGUCAAUUCUUGGAUAGAAGAAGAUCUUCCGUCUCAGAUAUGGCCAUGUCUCUCCAAUUUCGAGAGUUUGACCAACGGAUGGCUUCUAACAGCCUACGACGACAAAGCAUUGUGCCUGAUCUUGAAAUUACAGCGACAACAUCAACCAUAGAUGAACCAGUGGAUCUAACACUGACCAAUACUGCAGCCAAUGCGGCCACUUCUUCAAUGGCCAAUGAGUCACAAGCGGAUGCACUAAAUCCUGAGACAUCGUCACCCUCUUCUAAGUCUAAAAAGAAGGUGACUAUCAGUGACACUAUCAGGAGGGUAUCAAUUGUAGAGCCACAGAAUGUUGAAGAAAACGAUAUCGAAGGUCUUAAUGGUGACGAUGGUGAGGUGGAUGGUGAAGAAGAUGAAGAGGGGGUAGUCUUUGAUAUGGAUGAAGAGCUUGGUUUUGAUGAGGAUGAAGAACAAGUGUCUAGCGAUAUGGAUGCUGAAGAUGAUGACCAAGGCUUAGAUUCAGAGAACGACAGUACGGGUGCGGCUGUCACUUCUAACGGUAAGAGCAAUGGCAUUGCAAUUACCGAUCCGAGCAGAGGCUCUCUCCCCAAGUCAGGAAUGGUUGUAGGUUCCCUUCGAGCCAAAUAUCUCAGACGUCAGAGAGGAUUAGAACAACGCCAUCGUCAAUCAAUCGAUGAUGAUGACUUUGACGAAGAGUUUGAUGAAGAUGAUAAUGAUAACUCUGCUGCUCAUCCGGGGGCUGCAAUGUUUGGUACCUCACUACCUAUUCAAAUCCAGCCUCGUUCUGCCAACAUUAAACCAGCUCCGCCAGCAGCCCGUACUACCUCGACCUUGGCUACCUCUUUGGCUAUACCCCCAAGCUCGACUCCAGCGGCUGCUAUGCUUCAGAGAAGACUGUCGCGCGCCUAUGGUGCUGACAUCAUGGCAGAAAACAGCAAUAUCUCUCAUUCAGCAACUGCAGCGCGCUCUCUUACCUCGGCAUUUACGGGAUCAUUUAUGGAGGGAGGUGUUGGAAUAGGAAGCACGACAUCAUCAUCAUUUGUCCCACCCAUCACGGGCACAGCUCCAGGCUCAAUGAUGAUAGACCCUCUCAUGCUACUUGAAGAAGAUAAUGACAACGAUGAUGUCCGUGGUGAUAGUCGAUCAAGAAGGCGCCGUCAAUCGUUCUCAGCCAUUAAUCACCGUCGUGAUUUGGAGAAACAUCAAGACCAACAACAACAGCAGCAAGCUGACUCUGUAAGUAAAAAUGGCUCAUAUCAAGUCGAUUUUGAGCCACCACAUUUGUAUUCUGCCAGGACUUAUGUAGGAUCAACACCUUGGGAGAUGCCCACCAGGGUCACUGUCAAGUCUGGAGGGAUGCAACGUGAAGGUACUCAUCUCGAUAGAGAAAUUGCGUUGGAGAUGGCCAAGGAGCUGGAGCUGGAACGUCAGGAGCUAGAGCUGGAGCGUCAAGAGCAAGAAGAGACCCAUGAAGCCUCGUCCGCGAAAACCAAUCCAAUCGCAACAUUACGGACAGUUGAUAGAAUUGACGAAGGACAAGAAGACGAAGAAGACGACACGCUUCGUACAGAAUGAUACUGAGAUUUACCCUUACUUGCUCUACUUCUAUUUCCUCAUCCUUCUACACUCCCCACUCUUCCCUGGCCAAUAAUUAUUAGAGUCGUUAUUUUUUUUUCUUUUCCUUCAUGCUCACAAUGUCAUGCUCUCAAGCCAUAUUGAAAAUCUGUAAUAGGGGAGCUUCUUUGCUUGCACUUUUGUAUAUUACU